CCUCCUCAUCGUCCUCCUCGGCCCGCCCCCCCUGCUCGCGGCGCCGCGAAACCCUAGCCCGCCCCCACCAUGGAUGGCUCCGCCUCCAAGGGCAAGCGCAAGCGCGGCCGCAAGAGCAAGGCGGCAGCGGACCACCGCUCGCCGUCCCCCGACGCCCCCGCCGCCGCGGCCGCCGACAACCCCGCCCCCGCCGCCGCCGGCCGCCGCGGGCGCAAGCCGCGACGCGUCGAGGUCGAGGCCCCGGCCGCCGCGGACGCCUCCACGCCCCGGCGCGGGGACGCGAAGCACCUGGCCAACGGAGGGGACGCGGCGAUGGCGGAGCUGGGCCCCGCCGGCUGGGAGGAGGUCGUCAGGGUGGUGCCGUCCAUGGACGCGGUCGUCAAGGUGUUCUGCGUGCACACCGAGCCCAACUUCUCGCUGCCGUGGCAGCGGAAGCGCCAGUACAGCUCCAGCAGCAGCGGCUUCAUCAUCGGCGGCCGGCGCGUCCUCACCAACGCCCACUCCGUCGAGCACUUCACCCAGGUCAAGCUCAAGAAGCGCGGGUCCGACACCAAGUACCUCGCCACCGUCCUCGCCAUAGGCACCGAGUGUGACAUUGCCCUGUUAACUGUCAGUGAUGAUGAGUUCUGGGAGGGAGUUACACCAGUUCAGUUUGGGUCGUUGCCAGCACUUCAGGAUGCAGUCACUGUUGUUGGUUAUCCAAUUGGUGGAGAUACAAUAUCAGUGACAAGUGGUGUGGUCUCUAGGAUAGAGAUACUGUCCUAUGUGCAUGGUUCUACCGAACUUUUAGGGUUGCAGAUAGAUGCAGCUAUUAAUUCAGGAAAUUCAGGUGGCCCAGCUUUUAAUGAUAGGGGCAUAUGUGUUGGUAUAGCUUUUCAGUCUCUCAAACAUGAAGAUGUAGAGAAUAUAGGUUAUGUGAUACCCACUCCGGUUAUCAAGCAUUUUAUUCAAGACUAUGAAAAAUCUGGAGCAUAUACAGGCUUCCCUAUAAUUGGGAUUGAAUGGCAGAAAAUGGAAAAUCCUGAUCUCCGGAAAGCAAUGGGAAUGAAACCUGAUCAAAAGGGUGUUCGUGUUAGGAGGGUGGAACCUACUGCUCCCGAGUCUGGAUGUCUGCAACCAUCGGAUAUUAUUCUUAGCUUUGAUGGUGUUGACAUUGCCAAUGAUGGUACAGUUCCUUUCAGGCAUGGUGAGCGAAUUGGCUUUAGUUAUCUUGUUUCUCAGAAAUAUACCGGUGACAAAGCCCUUAUCAAAGUCCUGCGCGACUCAAAAGUUCAUGAAUUUAAAAUAAAGCUAGCGACCCACAAGCGGCUCAUUGCAGCUCAUGUAAAGGGCAGGCCACCAUCAUAUUACAUUGUUGCUGGCUUUGUUUUUGCAGCCGUCUCUGUUCCAUAUCUCCGUUCUGAGUAUGGGAAAGACUACGAAUAUGAUGCACCUGUCAAGUUGUUGGUCAAGCAUUUGCAUUCAAUGGUGGAAUCACCUGAUGAACAGCUGGUGGUUGUAUCACAGGUGCUUGUGGCAGAUAUCAAUAUCGGUUAUGAAGAGAUUGUCAAUACUCAGGUCCUUGCCGUUAAUGGUCAUCCUGUGAAAAAUUUGAAGGACUUAGUGACAACAGUGGAAAAUUGCAAGGAUGAGUUCUUGAAGUUUGAUUUGGAGUAUGACCAGAUUGUUGUCCUGGAGACAAAAACCGCCAAGGCUGCUACCCAGGAUAUCCUGACAACGCACUGUAUACCGUCGGCCAUGUCUGAUGACCUGAAGACCUAAUGGGAGCCGUCAGGUGGGCCCUGUCGGGGUCACGUUUUUUGGUUGAACACCAGCCCAGCACCGGCAGAAGCCCGAGUUUAUUAUACACACAAACCUUGGGCCAAAGAGCUUCUUCACCAAAGAAGGCUGAGAGUAAGCGGGCGUCACAUGAGCAUAAGCUGGAGCGGUGUCCAGCAGCGAGUCGUCAUCAUGAAAGUGACAGUGGUUAAGUAAUAACCAUGAUUUCAUUUUUUUUUCAAAAUUAAAUUAAAUUAUUGAGGAGAAGAGAAGUUCAUAUUUUUGCCCGGGCCUCACCAAAAAGUCCAAUACAGCCUUGUCACCUGUUACAAUUUAUUAGUGAUAUAUGUUCGCAUCUGCUCUAUCGUUCUCA